AUGGCGAUUUCAGAUGAAGCAGAUUUGUAUAGUAUGGAUGUAAAAUUUGCUGGCGAUCCUAAACUAGCUAAAAUAUCUUUUUUUAAUACACUAACUGCAGGUAAAUGGGUAACUAUUUUCUUUGAUCUAUAUUUUGAUUCCGAAUAUUAUGAUUCUGGAAGCAACACUUUUGAUGUUGUUAUUUCUUCAACUCAAAAUGAAAACGAUAAUGUUUUUACAGACAACCCCCAACUCCUUCAAACAGGAAUUUAUAAAACUUACAUAUUCAUUCCUAAUACUCUGACAGAUGAAACCUAUUACAUUAUUGCUAGGGGUCAUUAUGUUGAUGGUUCUAAUGAAAAAGUAUCCAAUAUAUUAUCUAAGAGGGUAACAGUCAAGCGAUCUUCAAUGAAAAACGAAAUCAAUGCAGAAUUAGAUCAAUCUAAAAGAGUAUUAAGUUACGAUGACAGAGUCGUUUUAAAGUUUACUUUUGACAUUUCAAUCCCAUAUGCUAAAAUAUUAGUUAAAGUAGGAGACUAUACAACGGAAAUUUCGGACUACAAUGGAGUAGUUGACCUCUUAGAUGGUAAUGAGGAGAGCCGUAGAAUUCAAAUUUCUUUUGAUCAAUCCGAAAUCCAACAUAAACUUUCAUUUGUAUUAAUUGACAAAGAAACAUCAAAUAUUCUAAAUCACACAGAAAUCACUAAUCUGACAAUCAUUCCAAAAUUUGAAAUUGAGGAUAUUCAGUAUGAUAAUCCAAAGUAUUAUCAAUAUAGUUAUUUAGUUCAAAGCCAAGAUGUUGUUUCUGGAAAAAAAUUAAAUUAA